CAUGCCCACCGUUCAUCUGCGCCAACACCGCAGACACGUAGACGCGAACCACUGAUCCGCACCACUAACUGGUAGCCUUGGCACUUUCAGAUGGCCCCGUCGAUGGAUACUUGCGGGUUAGUGCUGGGUGAUGUCGCACAUGCAGUGGCCUUGCAAUGAGGUGGCCGGCACGACUGACCGCCACUUUGGGCGGAAAUCAAAAAGGUUGUAGUGCUGGAGGUCGCUGAAGAUUUGUAGCGCGAUGAGGGAUGGUAGGUAUUUUUACCUUAUGAGGAGAGAAGUGGAGAGAGAGAGAGAGAGACAAAGAACGUGACAUGGAAUGCUCAUGAUGCCGUUGAUUCCGUUUUUGCUCAUCCUGACAGGGAUUACGCUGUUCCUCUCGCGACGACGGUAUACGGCUGUGGGAGCUCGCGUCGCGCCGCCCCGGGUCGUGGUCAAAGGGAAUACCUUCUCAGAGAUUGCAGAGAAACCUCAGCCGAAGGCUGUGGAGAGUCGGAAAACUGACAAUGUGCGAAGCGCCUGUGUGAUCGGGGCUGGCCCUUCCGGAGUCCUCACGGCGCUGGUCCUGGCCGGCCAGAACCCUCAUGUUCAAUUUCACGUCGUCGACGGCGAUGAACGUCGGAUCGCGGCGUGGAAUUCCGACCGUGCGCCCAUCGGCGAGCCUGGCGUCGAAGAGCUUCUCUUCAAGCAGGACGCCGUGCUGGUGGACUCGAUCAAGUCGCACCGGAAACUGCAGCAAACCGAUCAGGGGGCAUUGCCUGGACAUUUUCCUCCGCCGCCUCGACCACGGAAGCUGCUGAAUAUCAACUUCUCCACCAAUGUUCUCGGCGGCAUUGCGGCAGCGGACUUGAUCUUCCUCUCCGUGGAUAUUCCCGCGAUCACCUCCACAGAGGGCCAACAGCAUGACCUCGAUCUAUCGAACCUGGACACGGCGAUCCGGGCGAUUGCCCAGGUCUCGCGGGGUUAUAAGAUUAUCGUGCAACGAGGAGCAGCCCCAUGCGGCACGGUCCCCUAUAUCAAGAAAAUGUUGAAGGAAACGGCGUCGCCGUCCGCAUCUUUCGACGUGCUCUCCAACCCCGAAUUCAUCUUCCCCGGGACGAUGAUCCACAACCUCCUCUACCCACCCUGCGUCAUCAUCGGUCACAUCUUCUCGGAGGAUUCGUCCCCCGAAGCGCUCACUGCGUUGAAACGACUGUACACCUCGUGGAUCCCCGAAGACCGCAUCGUUACGAUGGACGCCUGGUCCGCGGAACUCGGAAAGAUCGCAACGCAUGCGCUUCUGGCCCAGCAGAUCAGCGCCGUAAAUUCGCUAGGUCUCAUUUGCAAAUCGACCAAGGCUGAUUUCAACCAUGUCACCCGCAUCCUGGGCAUGACGCAACCCGUAGGGCUGGGGUUGGGGGCCUCGACGCCGAUGGAGGUCCUGUGUUUAGAGAACAUGGCGAAGGAGAUAGGACUGCACAACGUGUCUGAAUAUUGGAGCAGGGUUUUAGGGAUGAAUGGACCCCAGCAGGUGGUCCAGAAGAGUUGACUGUUUUGACUGUAGCAUUAAUGAUUGCAUGAGCGACGGGUUAUAUAUAGUUUGAUAGCAAUUUCAGCGAAUAAUGAGUUUUGUAUGGAACCUGCCCACCAGGGUUGACCGCUGUAAAUUGCAUAUUUCCA